CUUUUCUUUUACAGCGCGUCACACGUAUUUUUUUUUUUUGAUCCAUUGGAAGAAAGAAAAACCCGCGAAAGGCUUUGCACCGAUCAAUUUGCGAAACCCUUCUAUCAAAGGUUGGAACUGAAAUGCAGAAGAAGUCGACAUUGCCACUGAGCGACGCGAAUGCGAACAGAAAGAGGAAGGAAGUGCGCAGCAAGGAAACAUUGGUGAAGCUUCUAAGAUGGCAUUUUGGGUACCCUGAUUUUAGGGGCAUGCAAUUGGACGCUAUUCAGUCGGUGCUUUCAGGAAAGGAUUGUUUUUGUCUUAUGCCGACUGGGGGAGGCAAGUCAAUGUGUUAUCAGAUCCCUGCAUUGGCAAAACCAGGAAUUGUGCUCGUUGUAUCUCCUUUAAUAGCCUUAAUGGAAAACCAAGUAAUGGCACUGAAAGAGAAAGGGAUUGCAGCAGAUUUUCUCUCCUCAACAAAAACAGCGGAUGCUAAAGUAAAGGUGAGUAAGUUGUUAAAAUGCUGACUUUUUAUGAUAGGCAAUCUGAUGCACGAUAAUCAAACAUAGUGGGGUCUGGUUUAGAUGUAAGCUGUCUCGCCUUGGAAGCAGUGCAGUGUGACUGAUACUAGGAUUUCAAUCAUGACUGAUUCUAUCACCUUAAAAGGAAG